AUGGAGGAGUACGCCUUCAACAAAAUCGCUCAAGUCAGCAAUAGCCAAGGCAGUACGUCGAAACUGCAAGAGAAAGCUGUAGAUGAGGGUGACCAGAAGUCACAGAAAAGCUUGGUCUCUCUGAUACUAGUAGGACGUGGAGAUAGAGAGACCUGGACUACCAAGGUCGAUUUUCUACUUUCAGUAGUUGGAUUUGCUGUCGAUUUGGCAAAUGUAUGGAGAUUCCCAUAUUUGUGCUUCAAAAAUGGAGGAGGAGCAUUUUUGAUUCCUUACACAUUAAUGGUGCUACUUGCGGGCAUACCAUUAUUCUACAUGGAACUGUCGUUGGGACAGUAUUAUCGAAAAGGUGCUGUUACGACGUGGGGAAAAAUCUGUCCACUUUUUAAAGGAAUUGGUUACUGUGUGAUUAUGAUAGCAUUAUACGUAGAUUUCUUCUACAACGUUAUCAUCGCUUGGGCAUUACACUUUUUCUUUUCCUCGUUUACCAGUAAUCUUCCUUGGGCUUCCUGUGAUAAUGACUACAAUAGUCAAAGUUGUUAUGAACCAACGUGGAGCCAAGAUAACAGUACUGAAUGCGCCGCGUCAAACGGGUCUUUAGCAAGCGGAAUCUCAGCAACAGAAGAAUAUUUUUACAAAUACUACCUCGGCCUCCACUACUUUGGAGCCCCAAAUUCGUCAGUGGCAGCGUCGAUUUCGAAUCCAGGUCCAAUCAACUGGGAACGAGCUUUGUGUUUAUUUCUCGUCUAUGUUGUCUGUUACUUUUCUUUGUGGAAAGGCAUCAAAAUGAGUGGAAAGGUUGUAUGGUUCACAGCAAUAUUUCCCUACGUUGUCUUAGCUAUACUAUUUGUUCGUGGAAUAACGUUACCAGGAGCUGAAAAGGGUAUCGACUAUUACUUACGGCCGAAUAUAACAAUGCUAAGUCAACCAAGUGUUUGGCAAGAUGCAGCAACUCAGGUAUUUUUCUCCCUUGGUCCAGGUUUUGGAGUACUAAUGGCAUACGCGUCUUACAACAACUUCCACAACAAUGUCUAUAUUGAUGCUUUAAUAACUAGCACGAUUAAUUGCGGCACUAGUUUCUUGUCUGGUUUCGUCAUUUUUUCGGUCCUUGGCUACAUGUCAUGCAAAAGUGGUAAGCCGAUUCAGGAUGUGGCUCAGGAAGGUCCUGGCUUAGUAUUUGUUGUGUAUCCAGAGGCACUAGCCACAAUGCCUGGAGCAAGCUUCGGUGGAACGGAAGCAAUAAUAACUGCACUGAGCGACGAAUUUCCAUUAGUAAAAAGAAAGAGAGAGGUGUUCAUAGCUUGUUUAUUCACAUUCUACAUGAUCAUUGGACUUUCCAUGUGUACAAAUGCUGGCAUGUUGGUUAUGGAGUGGCUAAUUGUCUACGGCACAAACUGGGGACUACUGAUAGCAGUCUUUUGUGAAACAAUUGUUAUUGCCUUUUUCUACGGUAUAAAUCAGUUCGUAAUUGACAUCAAAGAAAUGCUUGGAUUUACACCUGGUUGGUACUGGAAAAUAUGUUGGACCAUCGUUUCUCCGCUGUUCCUACUCGGGAUUAUUGUCAGUACAUUCAUUAACUACGGACCACUACAGUACCAGGACUACGUUUUUCCCUUUGAAGCCAACGUUGUUGGCCUAUUUUUCGCAAUGUCAGCCACUGCCGCAAUCCCAACCCCUCUUAAAAUUCUCUUAAAUUAA